ACGCCAAUUCUAAACACACUGCUUUCAUAUCUCCCUGUUUCCGUAGAAUCUCGAUCAGUUUUCCGAACUUGAUUCAAGAACAUGGCUGGAGCACUAGUUGACGUCCUCCUAGAGCGUUUGGCUACGCUCGCCCGUGACGAGGUCGAGCAAGAGCUGAAGCUGGUGGUCGGGGUCAAGCAAGAACUCCAAAAUCUCACCCUGAAACUCGAAGCUAUUCGAGCUGUGCUGGAAGACGCAGAGCAGAAGCAAGUGAUGGAAGCCAGCGUCAAACUUUGGCUGAAUCAGCUAAAUGAUGUUUCCUUCGACCUAGAUGACGUGUUGGAUGAGUGGAUCACUAAAGUUCUCAAGCAUCAGCUGGAGAAACAGAUUGGAAAUGCUCUUGUUACUACUUUUAAGAAGGUAUGCAACCCUUCCUCUUCUCAGCUAUUUCUUCGUCAUGAAAUUGCUACGAAGAUAAAAGAACUAAACGAGAGAUUAGCUUCAAUUGAUGAAAGAAAACAAAGUUUUGGCUUUCAAAACUGUGUAAGGGCAGUUCCCGAACUGCUUCAAAGACGAAAGACUACUUCUCUUCCAAAUGUUAAAACAUUUGGUCGAGAUAAUGAAAAAAACCUCAUCAUUAGUAAGCUGCUAAGCGAGAGUAGUGAAGGAAAUGAGGUUCCUCUCAUCAUUCCUAUUGUAGGGAUGGGGGGAAUGGGGAAAACAUCUCUUGCCAACUUAGUUUAUAAUGAUGAUAAGAUCAAAUCUCAUUUUGACAAGAGCAUAUGGGUAUGUGUCUCAGACCCUUUUGAAGAUAUCAAAAUUGCUAAAGCUAUUAUUGAAGGUCUAGAUAAAGACAACACCUCAAAAUAUUCAAAUGAGUUGGAAACUUUGUUGCAAUGUAUAUUUGAAUCAGUUGAGGGUAAAAAGUUUCUCCUUGUUUUAGAUGAUGUUUGGAGCCCAGACUCUCAUCAAUGGGAAGAAUUAAUCAAACCUUUAUGUACUGGGGCUAUCGGCAGCAGGGUAUUGGUCACCACUAGAAAGAAGGCUGUUGUUACUUUAAUGAAAGCAACAACUCAAAUAAUCCCUCUGAGAGAGCUGGGUGAACCAUUUUGUUUGUCAUUGUUCUUCUACAAUGCAGAUGUGGAUGAAAGUAGCGUGUCUAGAGAAUUUCACGAUAUUGGGUUGGCGAUUGUGAAAAGGUGCAAGGGGUUGCCUUUGGCUGCAAAGACGUUAGGAAGCCUAAUGCGAAAUAAGGAAAAGAUUGAAGAAUGGCGGGCUAUUUUAAAUAGUAAGACAUGGGAGUUGAAAAAUAUUCAACAUGAUGUUUUUCAACCUUUAUUACUAAGUUAUCAUGAUUUGGAUCCAGCAGUCAAACGUUGUCUUUUAUAUUGUGUCGUAUUUCCAAAAGAUUAUGUGUAUGAUAAGACUACUUUGAUUGAGGUAUGGAUGUCGCAAGAUUAUCUGAAUGUGAAAGGAAGUCAAGAAAAUAUGAUUGUUGGUCAAAAUUAUUUUGAUAACUUAGUAAAACGGUCAUUCUUUCAAGAUGUUGAGGUAAAUUAUUGGUCUGGAAAUAUAACAUGCAAAAUUCAUGAUAUUGUACAUGAUUUUUUGCAAUAUUUGACCAAGAAUGAAUAUUUGAUUUUGGGUGAUGUUGAGAUAAAGGAGGUGUCAAAUGAUAAAGUUCAUCAUGUGACCAUAGAAGAUGCAACAGAUAGUUCCGAUUUGGUAUCUUUUGAUUCUUUUCUCUUGAAAUGUACGAACUUGCGUAGUUUGAUAGUUUUAAGGUGGUCCAAAUUUGUUUGCCGAAUUUUUGAGUCGAUAGCACAGUUUAAAAGCCUUAGGACAAUAACCUGUUGUGGUGAUGGUCAAAUUCCCAAGAAGAUAGGUAGAUUGAUACAUUUGAGGUAUCUUGAUUUGUCCGGUAAUAAAGAGGUAGAGAAAUUAUCGGAUAGCAUAGGUAGCUUAUACAACUUGCAAACCUUGAAACUUGUUGGUUGCUGGGGACUCACAAAAAUAGAUGUGCGAAGGCUGAUUAACUUGAGGCAUGUUUAUGUCGGAGGAUGUGUAUCACUGAGAUUAAUUUUAGGGAUUGCGAAAUUAAGACAUCUGCGAAGGCUAGAUUGGUUUAUUGUCCCAUAUGGUGAAGAAGAAGGAAACAAGUUGGAAGAUCUCAAGGACUUGAACCAGCUUCAAGGGAGUCUUCAUAUUUUGAUUGAAGGGGAUGCCAAUAUGGCCAAGAAUGCAGGAAUUUUGGCCAACAAGCGUCACCUCGAGCAAUUAAGUCUCACUAUCGGGUCUCAAGAAGAAAUUAUGAAUGGAUUAGAACCGCAUCCGGGUUUGGAGUCUUUAUCCAUCCUCGGUUAUAAAGGCGCCUUCUCCGAUUGGUUGUCGUCUUUGCAUAGCUUGAGAAUGAUCACCCUUACAGAGUGCCCAAACUGUAAGAUGUUGCCUCCUUUAGGGAAACUGGCGUCCCUUAAAUAUUUGUGUAUUGACGAUCUUCCAGGAGUUUCCAAGGUAGGAGUUGAGUUUUUAGGAAUAGAACAAGGGGAAACAACCUCCUCGUCUUUGUCUUCCAUUUUCAUAUCCUUCCCCAACCUCAAACAACUCACCAUCAAAAGCAUGCCGUCAUGGGAAGAGUGGGAAGGAGUGGAAGAGGAUAACUUUGAGAAUAUGACAAUCAUGCCAUGCCUCUCUCUCUUGACAAUUUAUAACUGUGCGAAGCUAAAAGCACUGCCGGACUUCCUGUGGAACACACUACAGAGGUUGGAGAUCGUUUGUUGUCCAAUUCUCGAAGAUCUUUACAGACAAGGAAUUGGUGAGGAGUGGGUCAAGAUUUCUCACAUCCCAACCAUCAAGUUAAUUAGUUAAUGAAGAGGUAAAAGACUAAUUAACUUGGAAGUACAAUUUCUCUCUCUGUCAUUCCAGGCUUCAGCUUUGCUUGAAACAAGCACAUUUUCACGAGGGAAUAAUAAUGCCUUUUUCUAAUGGUUUAUCAUAUUUUGAUUAUUUUCCACUGGUGAGCUUAAUAUCGAUCUUCCUCCCUGUUAUUAUUUGUAUCACUUGGGACUCUCUUGUAGUGUUAUAUGUAUUUUCAACUUUAUAAUUGAUUCAUUUCUUAUUGGAUGUUAUACAUGUUCUUCCUCAGAUCCUCAACUCUUGCCAAUUUUAUCCGUCGUCUUUACUUCUUCGGCUUGAUUUCUUCAAGAUACAGUACAGGUACUUUCACUGCCUUGAUGAAUUCUAUCCCAAUUCUCUGAUGAGUUAGAGAAGCUAACUCAUUGUAUACAGCAAGUGAUGAUUCACGGCCUGUGAAUAGCUGAGAGAAUGGCUGGACUCCCCAACACAACAUUAUCCUCGAUCAGCCCCUCAGUUUUGUUUUCUUUCUCAUCUUGAGCUUAAUUUAAAAUCAAGCAUAUCUGCCAUUUUCCAGAUGGAUGAGAAUUCCACCAGCAGGCUACUUGAAUGGCAUCAGACUAUCAGAGUUUGGGACUGAGGAUGGAGCUGAGUCAAGAGAAUCUCUUCCGAGUGUCUGGACUUUAAUAAGAGUUAUAGUUCUAAAUCUCCAGUGAUGAAGAUUGCAUUAGUAUUAAUCAUAUUUUGCCGAUUGUGGCUUUUGUUUCUUUCCUUUUUCACAGUUCAGUUGAAGUCUGGUACUCUUUUUCCCUUGACCCGGGAUUUUGUCCCACUGGGUUUCGACCGGGCAAGGUUUUGACGAGGCCACUCACUAGCACUCAACUAUGUUGUAAUCCUUUCAAAUCUUAAUGAAAUCCACUUCAAU